AUGCAACGGUGUGUGAAUGAUAAGCCUAUGGUUAUUGGGGAUAGGACCAAUGUUGACCUUCCAGAUUUACCGCCUAGGGAUGGCGUGAAGGAUGUAAAUCGGCAGGCAGUUCCGAAGCCGGGCAGAGGUGGUACGCAAAAGAGCAGGAUUAAUAUGUUGCAUGCGCUGGCAAACAUUGAACAAUGGGCGAUCGAUCUGGCGGUCGAUAUCUGUGUGCGGUUCGCGAAGUUUCAGACGAACUCGGCUGAUGCGCUGGGUCUUCCUCGGGCGUUCUUCCACGACUGGUUGAAGGUCGCUAACGACGAGGCGAAGCAUUUCUCUCUCCUUCGGACCAGGCUGGAGGAGCUUGGUUCGUAUUUCGGUGCCCUUCCGGUCCACCAUGGACUGUGGGACUCUGCGACCGUGACAGCCCAUGAUCUGCGCGCUCGGAUCAGCAUUAUUGCGUUGGUGCAUGAGGCGCGCGGUUUGGAUGUGAAUCCAGUGACGAUCGAUAAGUUCCGCAAGGCUGGAGAUGGGGAUAGUGUUGACACGCUGGAGAUUAUCCACAAUGAUGAGAUCACCCAUGUCACGACAGGUCAUCGCUGGUUGACCUGGAUUUGUGCCCAGGAGGAGACGGACCCUGUGCAGGUGUUCCGGGGUAAUGUGCAGAAGUAUUUCCGUGGGCCGUUGAGGGAGCCGUUCAAUACAGAGGCUAGACUGCAGGCUGGUCUGGAUAAGAGAUACUACGAGGAUCUCUCGGGGUACGAGGGAAUUCAGCCUGCUUGA